AGAUGAAAUAAGGGCAAUUAUGUAAUGGAAACUUGAGGAGAAUUCAUGAGGAAAGAUCCUCAACCUCUGGCUGUGAAUCAAAGGAAAUGAAAGAAUUACUACUAAUUAGGCAUGGGGAGGCAGACCACAACGUCCUAUUCGCUCAAAACAGGUCACAAGAAGCUCAGGAAUUGAGGGACCCAAAUUUGAACAGAAAAGGAAUCCAACAAGCGAAAGAUCUAAAACAUCGGCUUUCUAAUUUUCUCAGGCGGAGUUUUGACUUGGAACUUGUAAUAAUAUCGCCCAUGAGACGGACUCUGGAGACAUACGACCUGGUGCUUUCCACCACUAGAUGUCCAGUGAUUAUCUCUCCCCUUCUUAGAGAGCAAGGCGAUUUCCCGUGUGACUACGGCAGUAACAGAUCUGACCUAGAGACUGAGUUUCCCCACCACAACUUCUCAGAUAUUGAGGAUGUCUGGUGGACCGAGGACGAGACUUAUCCACAGGUACAAGAAAGAGUAGAGGAAUUUAAAAGAUUCCUUAACGAGAGGCCAGAAAAGAACAUAGCUGUGGUUUCUCACGGAGUAUUUCUUAAAGCGCUGGUCCGUAGUACCGAACAAUUCCGGACUUUCAGGAGCUUUAAAAACUGCGAAUGCUUGCGAGCGACUCUUGAUCAGGAAGGACGUUUAAACAUGAUUAUCUGAUAUUAGAGGAUACAACUGCUAAAGUUCGACUGACGAGCAAUUUGUGCACAGAUCAAAUGAAUGGAAAUAAAGUUAUUUAUGUACAAUGUAAAGUAUUGUUAUCAACUACCUGUUCAUUUUACUAAGGAUUAACAUGAA